CAGCGAGCAUGUAGCUUUGUUGAGCCAUGGUUGGGAUGGGCAGGUUGUUGAUUCAGUUGAUUCGGACUGGUUCCCGGUUCUGCAAAAGCCCAAAGUUUUGGCUCGUGAGAAAGAUGGGCAGGUUGUUUAGAAUCUUUGUUGUGGUCACAUUGGCAGUGGUGCUGCUGGUUUGCGCACUGCAAGUCCAACUGGACUACCCAAGGCCAGUUCAAGCGGCUCAAGGGAAGGCAACAGAGACAUCGACGGCUGGGCAAUGGGAUGCGCUGAAGCCAACCAAGGCGUUGAAGUUGAUCCAUAUCCCAGGCACUGACAGCUCCAAGAUUGAUGCCUGGGGUGAGGCAAAGGGCUAUUGGAGCUAUGAGAAGACUGGGGCUGUUGCAGCUGCUGAUUCUCAGGAAUUUGAUUCUCACAACAACAGUGAAUUGCAGCCGUUUGCACGCCUUUCAGCAGAAGUGCGAAACAGAUACGAUUGGUUUAUGGUGGUGCGCCACCCUGUGGAACGGAUCGUGUCUCAAUGCGCAUCCUUGCUUUCAAAGAGGCUUAGCCAAGUGAGUGAAGCAAACAUCAAUCAGUUUCUUCAAGGCAUUCUGAAUGGAACGCAGCUAUUGGAUGCAGAGGCUGAAAGCAUUAGACCGAUGAUGGACCAGGUGGAUACCUCUGUGGUGCAGCACAUCGUUCGAUAUGAAAGGUUGAAUGAGGACCUGCCGAAGCUACUUCAGUUUUACAACCUGAGCCUGGAAGCUUUGCCCGAGGUACAAAAGCUGGAGACCCAUCCGAAGCUGUGGCCCGCGACCUUGCAAAUGAUCUACCAGAAGUUCUCUGAAGACUUCGUACAUUUCAACUACAGCAUGGCUGAUCCGCAGGACGCAAGCCUCACAAGCACAGAACCGCCGGAAAGUCUCACAUCGACCGUGCUAGCAACAACUGCCACGACAGUGGCGACAGAGACCACUCAGGCUGCAACAUUUUUUGGGAUGUCAUUGCCAUCAUUGCCUUGGCGAACUCAGAAGGAACUCAAAUUCAUCCACAUUACGAAAACCGGGGGCAGUGCAAUUGAAAACUGGGCCAAAUCACAUGGUUUGCUUUGGGGCCGAUUCCACGUCGAGUACCGGGCUCCCGGUCGUAAGGGAAGCCCUUGGCAUCAUCCCUUUCCAGAACUUCCAUCAGAAUUGCGACAUCGCUACGAUUGGUUUAUGGUUGUGCGGAACCCGGUGGAAAGGGUGGUCUCUGAGUACUACUGUCCGUGGACUGGCACAAAGACGCCAGAGACAGACAAUGAAGAUGCAUUCAACAAGUUUGUGCAGAGCUCGCUGGACGGAAGCAGGUGGCUUCAUUGGGGGAGUUUCCAAGCUAUGUCCGAUUACCUAGACGCAACCAGUGUGCAACACAUUUUGCACUUCGAGAGCUUGGCCAAAGAUCUUGCCAGGCUACUCCCCCAGUAUGGCAUCUCCUUUGACAGCCUGCCCCGAACCAAUGUGGCACAAAACCGGAAAUUCAACGCCGGCAAUUUGUGGCCCCAGACCUUGAAGCUGAUCCGUGCGAACUAUUCCGCUGACUUUGAGAAUUUCAACUAUACCUGCAGAAGAUGUCCAGAUUGAGUUGAAGCUGUCUGGUGCCAAGUGGAAAAAUCUGGGGCUUUUCGAUGUCGAGGAGGCACUUGUUCUAGUAAGAAGAUGCCAAGGAGGAACGAGCUCGUGAAAAUACAGGCUUGAAGCAAGGUGGACCAUGGUAGCGUAAAUAGUAUGUGGAAUGUGUCGACGCUGACAAGCAUCCUCACCCAACUGGGAACACUUCAAAGAAUUCCUGGCCAAAUUUCCUUCCCACAUGCGCACGUGUCUGUACUUGCACAGCCAGAAAUGGAAAAGGAUUGGUGGGGAGGUAGCAAGAACUGGUUCCCUUGCAAUGUCUUGCAGGGCUGCCCCUGUUGCGGUUAAGCUUGUUUUCUUUCACUGAGCUGUUUUUGCUAGCAGCUAGAGUCAGCUAGAGCUUUGCAUGGGCUACUGAUACUAAACACUUUCAACCACUCUUCAUGAGCUCCACAUCCAUUUGGCCAGGAGCAGGGAACCAAUGGAACCGAGCCUUGUUCGCCUUGCACGCCUGACCUUACCAAUGUGGGCAAGCUGACUUCAACACUUCAGCUAAGCCGAAAAAA